AUGUCUACAAGUCUCCCCACCACCAUCUCCAUCGCCACCGCCUCCCUAUGUUUACAAAUCACCUCCUCCACCAUCCCCUUCUCCGCCACCCCCUAUGUCUAUAAAUCACCACCACCCCCAUCACCAUCCACACCUCCACCUUAUGUCUAUAAAUCUCCUCCACCACCAUCUCCCUCUCCACCGCCUCCUUAUGUCUACAAGUCUCCCCCACCACCAUCUCCAUCGCCACCGCCUCCCUAUGUUUACAAAUCACCUCCUCCACCAUUCCCCUCUCCACUACCUCCCUAUGUCUAUAAAUCACCACCACCCCUCACCAUCACCACACUCCACCUUAUGUUUAUAAGUCUCUCCACCACCAUCUCCCUCCCACCACCUCCCUAUGUUUACAAGUCUCCACCACCGCCAUCUCCAUCACCACCACCUCCCUACAUCUAUAAAUCACCACCACCUCCAUCACCAUCACCACCUCCACCUUAUGUUUACAAGUCUCCCCCCCACCAUCUCUAUCACCACCGCCUCCCUAUGUCUACAAAUCACCUCCUCCACCAUCCCCAUCUCCACCACUCCUUAUGUCUAAAAUCACCACCACCUCCAUCACCGUCACCACCUCCACCUUAUGUCUAUAAGUCACCUCCACCACCAUCUCCCUCUCCACCACCUCCCUAUGUUUACAAGUCCCCUCCACCACCAUCUCCAUCACCACCACCUCCAUACAUCUAUAAAUCACCACCACCUCCAUCACCAUCACACCACUCCUUAUCUUUACAUGUCUCCCCCACCGCCAUCUCCAUCACCACCACCUCCAUAUAUUUAUAA